CAACAAUCCAUAGAUUCUGCAGAGUUUGAUUCAGAAAAAUGACCAUGGAGCACCAUUGCCUCCGCCCAUGUCCAGCCCUGCAACAAUGUCUCAAUGCUGUCAAAAAUAAACUCACCAAACCCUCAUCUGGAGAACCUGAUACUGCAUUGAAACAAUCCAUAAUCGAGGGAACUAUUGUUAUUGAUCAUAAACCAGGGCAUUCAGGGCCUGGAAAAUCAGCUUCUGUGCAGAUUUACAGCGGCACAAUUGUCGACAAAAACACUGGAAAAGGGAAGUUGAGCGAAAAGGCAUACCUUAAGAGAAAGGAGAGUCACAAGCGGAAUGGAACAAGGACAACAACUUACACAAUCAAAGUUAAUGUGGAGCCUGAAUUUGGAAUUCCAGGAGCGUUUAUAAUAGAAAAUCAGCAUAAGCAUGAAUUUUUCAUUGAGUCUGCAACCCUCCAGGCUCCUGAAAAUCUGAGUAUCUAUUUCGAUUGCAGGUCUUGGGUAUACCCAAUGAAACAUACUCAAACAAGCCGAAUUUUCUUCUCGAACAAGAAUUAUCUUCCAAGCCAAACACCUUUUGGUCUGGUGGAUCUGAGGGAAGAAGAGCUUGAAGACUUGAGAGGAGAUACUCUUGGGGAGAGGAAGGAAUGGCACCGAGUCUAUGGCUACGAUUACUACAAUGAUCUUGGCGAUCCUGAUAAAGAUCCUCAACUUUUUAGGCCUACCAUAGGCGGGACUGAAUUUCCAUAUCCUCGUAGGGGAAAAACUGGCCGUAGAAAAUGCCAAAAAGCGCCCUUUUCUGAGAGACGGACGCAGCAAAUGAACUUUGAUGUAUAUGUUCCUCCUGAUGAGAGAUUUAGCCCAAAGAAACUAUCUGAAUUUACGGGAAAUGCAAUCCAAGCUAUUGUACAUUUCGUUAUCCCUGAGGCAAAAUCCUUGCUUCUUCCUGAAGAUUCCAGUUUUCAGUCAUUUCGGGAGAUUAAGGAAUUGUUUACCAGAGAAAAAGGCCAAAAAGUUGAGGAAGGGUUGAUAGAGAAAUUAAGGAAAGUAAUGCCUGAACAUCUUGUCAAAAAAAUUACUCAUGCAAGCAAAGGGGGUACCAUGAAGUUCCCAAUGCCUUCAAUUGCAAUAGACAAUGAGUUCGCAUGGAGGGAGGAUGAGGAAUUUGGUCGCCAAAUGCUUGCAGGAACUAAUCCAACACGAAUCCGCUGCAUAGAGCAAUUCCCCCUGAAAGGAAAACAUGGAGAGAUUAUCAGUUCAAUAAAAGAAUCAGACAUAGAGAACAGCCUUGAUGGCCAGACUAUUAUCCAGGCAAUGAAACAAUGGAGGAUAUAUAUCUUGGAUCACCAUGACUAUCUGAUGCCUUAUUUGGACAAGAUUAACUCAAAGGGUAAUGUAUGUGCUUAUGCAUCCCGGACACUAGUGUACUUAAGAAAUGAUGCGACGGUGAAGCCAUUGGCAAUAGAGCUGAGCUUGCCUGAAUCUGAAGAUUACGACGGUUUCAACAAAGUUUAUCAUCCAGCAAAAGAGGGCACUGACGCCGCACUUUGGCAGCUUGCCAAAGCUCAUGUUUUAGCUAAUGACUCAGCUUAUCAUCAACUAGUCACUCACUGGUUGCACACUCAUGCUGUAGUCGAGCCGUUCAUCAUUGGUAUGAAAAGGCAGUUAAGUACGAUGCACCCAAUCUAUCGGCUGUUAGAUCCUCAUUUCAAAGACACCAUGCACAUAAAUGCAUUGGCUCGGAGUAUCCUCAUAAAUGCUGGUGGAAUCCUUGAGAAUAUAUUGUUUCCUGGUGAAAUUUGUAUGCAGUUGUCUUCUGAGCUCUAUAAAGAGUGGAGACUUGAUGAACAAGGCCUCCCAAUCGAUCUUCUUAAAAGGCGUUUGGCCCUAGAAAAUGAAGACAACCUCACCGGCGUUCAAAUUCUCUUCCAAGACUAUCCCUAUGGCUUAGAUGGACUUGACAUAUAUGCUGCAAUCCAGACAUGGGUCGUAGACUAUUGCUCAAUCUUCUACAAAGAUGAUGAAACCCUCAGGAAAGAUGAUGAAGUUCAAGAAUGGUGGUCAGAAGUUAGAAAUAUAGGUCAUGCUGAUAAGUGGACUGAGUCAUGGUGGACUGAAUUGACCAAUGUGAAGGACCUAACACGCUUUCUAACAAUUCUCAUUUGGAUUACGUCAGGCCUUCAUGCUGCAGUUAACUUUGGACAAUAUGCAUAUGCUGGUUACCCUCUGAACCGUCCCACGCUAUGUCGAAAAUUCAUUCCACAAGAAGGGACAAUGGAAUUUAGUGAGUUCCUAAAAGAUACAGACAAAUACUUUCUUCAGACAUUACCAAACAGAUUUCAAUCGGCUAUUAGUAUAGCAUUAGCAGAAGUCCUCUCGCGGCAUACAUCUGAUGAACUGUACUUGGGUCAGAGGCCACCAACAGAAUGGACGGACCAUGAGGAGGUCCUGCACAAAUAUGAAGAGUUCAAAAAGAAGCUGAAAGAGAUAGAGGAAACAAUCAUGGAGAGGAACAGAAAUCCCAAAUAUAAGAACAGACUGGGACCUGCCAAGAUACCAUACAAACUUCUGAACCCAGAUUCAUCCAAUGACAAAUACAGAGGAGGCAUCACAGAAAAAGGUAUCCCUAAUAGCAUAUCCAUUUAAUAUAUAUCUUCAAUGUAAUUUCAACUAUACAUUCAAGAAGAAGACUAUAUAUGUUGUAAAGGUUUGAACAAUAUAUUCAAUAUG